GAUAUAUUCCUUUUGAGAAGGUGGAGUUAGAGUUUAGUAGUGUGGGAGGUUACUGUGUGGGAUGAUGAAAAGGGUGUGUGACUGCAUAUUCUUGGAAGUGGAGCAUUGCUGUACAGAACAGAACUCCUGUCCGUCCAACUUGCUGUGGGAUAGGAGCCUUGUGUGAGUGUCUGCUUGGGAUGUGACAGUGUAUGAGCUGGGCAUUUCACUCUAGCCUGGGACGUGUGACUACAGGAAUGGGGGAAAGGCAAAAUCAUAUCAUUUCAGCCAUACUGUGCCUGAUCUCAGUGCUGUGCUGUUCAGGACCAUUUGCUGUCACGGCUCAGCAGGAUGUCCUUCCUUCACCAAUUAAUAUCACCUGGAGGUUUGAAAACAUGUUUACUCUGCUUUGGGAAUGGAAGAUGCCAGCUGGUAUCCAACAAUGUCCGUUUUCAUUCGACACCUACGUUAUAUCAAUUAAUAAUAAUAAUAAUAAUGAGAAGAAGUAUCCACCUGGAAAGACCAUGAGCAAAAAUAUGUAUCGGGCAGUGGAUGUUCACAAAGUGGACUUAAACAAUCAAAUUAAAUUCAGAGUUCAAGCAGAAUGUAAUGGAACCAAAAGCAAAGAUACAGAAACCCCUGUCUUGUUAAUACCAGGAAAUAACACCUAUGUAAAAGAUUUUGCUUGCUUUUAUUUUGAUGAGGAGUACAUGAACUGCACAUGGGAAACUGCUGUGGAUUCAGUGCCUGCUACAGACUAUACCUUGCAUUACUGGUAUAAAAAUGACAGCUUUGCUUCUAGAGGGACUAUCAAUCCAUCUGCAAAGUUUGAACAGUUAUUGAACAGCGGAACCCCUUGCCAACAUUAUAUUUAUAAGCAUGGUAUUCCUCUCGGUUGCCAUUUCAAAUCACUUUCUGUCAAGAGUCACUUUCUAAUGGUCAUCAGAGACAAGUCAAACACAAUUCGUCCUUUUAUAACAAGCGUUAAACCUGAAGAAGAAGUAAAACUAAGUCCUCCAGUCAUCAUCAACACAACAAGAACACCCAACCAUAGCAUAUAUGUGCAGUGGAACACAUCCUUUAGUCCAACUUGUACUUUCAUAGAAAGUGAGGUUGAAAUUGAAAAUUCAAAGGGUAAAGCUGAAACAGUAAAGGCACACCACUGCACCUUUACCAGAGAAUAUAUUUUUAUACCAGAACUAACCUACACAGUUAAAGUUCGAGUCAAACCAUCGUCUACAAUCUCUUCAAGUGUACAUUGGAGUGAAUGGAGUCAAGUACAUGACAUUAAAGGUACUGAGGAUAGUAACACCAGAUUUUAUUAUUUGUUGAUCUUUAUUCCAAUUUUAAUAUCAAUUAUAACAAUUAUCACCCUCAUUUACAUGAAAAGAUUACAAAACACUGUCUUUCCUCCAAUUCCUGACCCUGGGAAAGUAUUUAAAAAGAGUUUUGCUGACCCAAGUGAAUUGCAACAAUGGAUAAAGUAUGGAAAAGUGAAUGUCUCGAGUAAACCUGUCAAAGAAGAGAUUUGCUCUGUGAUUUUGGUGGAGACUCCCUUGAUUUCCAGCCAGGCAGAAUGAAAAUGGAUGUUCUUCUUUCCUCGGGGCUGGAAAAUGUGAAAAAGAUGUUUUGUUCUUGUCAACUGUUUACUCACAGAGACAGAAAAUGAAAAACAUACAUUGCAAUUGAUCACUUUCUGGGAUAAAAACUUAAAGUGGUCUCCGGCAAUAUGAAUCCACAGGAGAACAAUGCCCACAUGUGGUUUAGACGAAAUACACAAUAAUACCAAAUUAAUAACCAGCUAUGGGAUUUGACCUCUGACAGAUAUCGAGUGACCGUCAAUGCAUUUUUUGCACAUGCGCUCACUAUUCCCACUCUCUAAAUACUGUAGACCGUGUGUGUGCAUAAGUGAAUAUGCACAGGGACUGGAAAUAAAAUCCUUUUUUUAAUGUUGGAGGAGAAAGCAAAGAUCAUUUUCAGUGGCAAAGAAAUUUUGUAUAUAAGUAAGACAAUAUGUGCUGCGCAUACAGAUAUAAUCAAAAGGAAAUAACAAUUGUUUAUUGUUUGGAAACCUCGUGUGAUAGAGUCUGUUGGGGCCAAAAUAUAUAUAUUAAGGUGCAAGUUGUCCUGUAAUAUCAGAAUGUGCAUAUGAUAAUUAGCAUUAACUUCUAGCAUAUUUGUAGCUAUAAUUCAAGCAUCAAAUUUGAAAAAGUUCUACCAUUCGAAUUUAUGUACGAUUUUUAUCGAGACUUUUCCCACACUGAUUUCUUUGAGCUGAUUAUUUUAUAAAUGAGUUCAAUUCGUGGAUGGGAGUUAGGUGGACUUUGUAUUAAUAAAAAAAUAAAUUUGAGUUUUUGUAAAUACCCCCCUUACAGUGGUUAUAGAUAUCCCUUUAUUAGGGACUGUAUCCCCAGGGGCAGCACUGUGUAUGCUAAAUCUUAUCCAGACUCUCCCUUUUGCAGUUAUAGAAUCAGGUUUUCCCAUGCUUGAACUAUCUAGCCCAGGGCCGCCAUCAAAAAGGGUGGGGCCCUGUAAGUUAAAAUUUUCUGUGCCCCCUCCAUGUCAGCCCUAGACCCAUUGGUGGCCAGGCCCCCCUGCAAGUUAAAAAAAACAUUAAUGGCCAGCCCCCCCCACAAAAGUUUUAAAAAAACUAUUGGUAGCAGGGCCCCAUUACACAAGUUAAAAAAAAUACAUUGGUGGCCAGGGUGAAAGUUUUUUUAAUUACUUGAUUUCCAGCCCCCCACUCAGGGAGUUGCACAGUUCGGAAGGAGGGCAGGAACUCAGGUGCCUACAUAUUCUUUCUGCUGAUUGGUCACUGAAGUCUAAGUCCCAAUACAGCUGCACAGGGAUUGGAUGGGUGAAGUUUGAAAAUUCCCCUCCAGCCUAUCCAAUACCCAUGCAGCUUUUCUGGGACUUAAACUUCAGUGACCAAAGAAAAGUC